AUACACGACUUCAACAGUGGCGCACGUCAGUUGAAAUGGAGUGCUAGAACCUUAGUGAACGUCUUGAAAAACUUGUGUACAUGUCCCUGCUAUAGACACGACCGAAUAAGCAAACUAAUUACAUUUUCCUAGUAGUAAUGUAGGCUACAACGCAUCCCACGCAUGCAUCGACAUGAGUCAAGGAUAAAACUUUUCGACACGGAGUUGAGUAUUGGUCUAAGGACAGGGAGAGGACUAACAUGGGUCCUCCGGACCUGGGUUCCCGAGAUAGCCAGCUCACUCUGCCAGGCUUUGGCAGUGGGUUUGAGGACACAGAGGACAUCUCCCCGGCUCUAGUGUCUCCAGGAGGAUUCUGUCACCCGGUGCCGUCAGUUCAUCCAGGGAGCCUGGGUAUGUGCUGUGUCCCCAGGGCUUCCCUAUCUCUAACCUCCUUGGGACUGGACCUCACCACCAUCCUCUACUCCUCCUACAAGGCAGAAGGGUCUCACAUCAACAGAACCCCCAAACUUGAGAACUACCACCAGCCCACCACUGCCUACUUGGUUUCCACUUCCUCCUCUCUCUCCCCUACUUCUUCACCAACGUCCAUAUAUUUUCCCUCUUCCUCAUCUGAGUUUCUGUGCUCUGGCUCCUCGAUGUCCCUUAUCAAAAGUGCACCAUUGCAGCAACAGCAGAAGCUUCCGGUGGAGUAUCACUCAAUUGAGCCCCAUCUGAAACAGGAGCCUGCAGAUGAGUUCCCAGCCUGUGGGGGUGAGCUGUUUCAACUUGACCACCAACAAGGGGAGCUUUUCCAGUUCAACCACAAUCUGGAAAAGGAACAGAGUCUUGCUGUUACUACACCCUGCAGGAACAGAACCUGUUCACCUGUCCAACCCAAUAGGCUCCCAGGGCCCCCUGGGGAGGGCAUCACAGACGACCAACAGGGCCUAUCAUGCCGCUGGAUUGACUGCAGCGCCUCCUACAACCAGCAGGAGGAGCUUGUGAGGCAUAUCGAGAAGGUACACAUUGACCAGCGUAAAGGGGAGGAGUUUGCCUGUUUCUGGGCGGGUUGUGUCCGACGCUAUAAGCCGUUCAACGCCCGCUACAAGCUGCUAAUCCAUAUGAGGGUGCACUCUGGAGAAAAGCCCAACAGGUGCAUGUUUGAAGGCUGUACUAAAGCUUUUUCCCGUCUGGAAAACCUGAAGAUUCACCUGCGGAGCCACACAGGGGAGAAGCCCUACGUCUGCCAGCACCCCGGUUGUCUCAAGGCCUUCAGCAACUCAAGUGACCGCGCCAAGCACCAGCGCACUCACUUGGACACGAAGCCCUAUGCGUGUCAGAUCCCAGGGUGCACCAAGCGCUACACGGACCCCAGCUCUCUGAGGAAGCACGUCAAAGCGCACACUACCAAGGCACUGCAGGACCGUACAACCAAGGUCCAGGUGCCAUCCCGACCAGAGUCCAAUACUCUGGGUGAGUGUCUGGCCAGACAGCAUCGCCACAAUUCCCUUCACCAUUAUAAUGGGAACGCAGGCACAAGGUCCCAUCUCCCAGGCUUGGAGGAGUUUACAGGCUUAUACACUGUGUCCAGCAUCUCCAAUAAGAGAGCUGGUUCUGGGCCUGGUCCUCUCACUCUAGACCCAUGUUAUAGACUCCAGGGACUGGAGGGAUGCUUUAGUGCCAACAGCCCUCAACAUGACCCAUCGUCAAUGGACAACCCAGGGGAAUUCAAAGAUGGGUUGGUGCCCCUGUAUGUGCCUGAGUGUUUGAGCCCUGUGAGGACCCCAGCAGACUGCCCCCCAACGCCUGACAGGUAUAGAGUCUACCCCCACCACCAAGACCUGCUGUCGGAGCCCCCAGGCUGUCGUUACGGGGAGGAGAAGAUGGUCCCUUCUAUGAACAGUGGAGCUUUUGAUCAAAGCACCUAUUCUGUACACCCUUCAGUGUCGCCCUCUGCAGGCUUUGACUUGGUGCAGGAGCUCCAGGGCCAGGCAGGAAGGGGCCACUCCUUCUCUCCAUGCCCAGACCUCUACCAGGCAGGAGGGUUUGACCGCUGUCUCAGUCAGAUAUACUCUCUUUACUUAGAUUCAUGAAGAGGGGAGCCUAUAGAAUCCAACCCAGACAUUGGUGUGAUCUAGAUCAGUGGUUCUUGACCCUGGUCCUUAAGUUCUGCAUGUUUAAGAUGUUUCCCUGCUCCAACAUACCUGAUUCAAAUGAAUGGGUCGUUAUCCAGCUAUGCAGAA